AGAGAUAUGGAAGAAAACUUGGAAAAGUAAACAGAAACAGACUUUUCAGUAAGAUUUUUUUUUUUUUUUUACAAAACAAGAAGUAGAAGCAAAUAUAUUGCAACAUUGACUGCUUGCUUCAAUAUUUGGCUACCCAAUAUUUUAAUGUGCGACUUAAAAUAAAAGGUUGUCAUAUUCGUUAAUCUAUAAAUUUACAGUUAAAAUUUACAAUUUACAGUCAUAACUAUUACUAUUAUAUUAAAUAUGAUAUUAUUAAUUAUAUGUCAUAAUGGAUAAUGAUAAUGAAAUGUAAUUAAGGUACCUGCCUGUAAUUAAUAUUAUUAACAAAUCUAGAUCGGAUCAGAACUGAUCCGGCGGCAGUGAUAAUCAUAAUCAUAUGAUUCAUAUUAUGAUAAUGAAUGUCUAAUAAUGAUAACGUAAAGUCCGUGCCGUAAAGAGACCUAAUGUUAUACUAACUUAUACUUGACUAAAGUGACAACUAGUAUAGUAUAACUAAUCUAUCGGCAUAUUUUAUAAAAAAAAUUCGGUGUGAAUAGGUAGUAUGAAUCCAAUUAUUAAUAAUUAAUGAUUUAAUCUAACCAAAAUUAGCCAAAAUGUAUUAUAUAAUAAUAUUAAUAUUGAGAUAAUAAUAGAACAUUAAAUAAAUAACGAAGUGGAUGCGUACACCGCGGCGGUGUACCUAGCGAAACCAUCGGCUUUGGCCUGCGUAAACCGCGGCGGUGUACCUAGUGAAAUCGUGGGCUUUGGCCUGGGUACACCGCGGCAAAAAAUUUACCAUUGGCCUGGUUUUAAGAUAUACUUGUUGGAGAGGAUCUUGUGUGGUCAAGUGGUAGAGUGGACGCUUGGCGAUAAUAUAGUUUGAGAUCAAUUCUCAGUAGGGGAUCGAGUUUUUUUCCUCCCAUUUUAGUUUUAAAAUAUUUUGUAGCAAUUGAAACAAUUUAAAUAUAUGUUUAAAUAUUAUAUUAAAUACACUUUAUAUAUUUAUUUAUAUAUAUAAGUGUUUCAACAAGUUGUGCCGGCCUUUGACUUUGAAAAUACCGGUAACUUUAGUAAUAAGACUUUAGACAUUUGAAAACAAACUUAAAGUUUCUGAAAGCGCAUGUAAUACAUGAUGAUCAUGUAUAACAGAAACAUUAUGAAUACUAAGUGACUGAUAUUCUAUUGUAUUUCAACAUUCUUCGUAUAGUUGAAUAUUUACAUUUUACUUUUACGAACAACCAAAGAAAAUACCAGUAUGAAUAAUAUUCAUGCAUAUGAAUAUUAAUGUGCAUGGUCGUAUUUCAACCUUGAACCAUCUUGCUUUCACUAUGCCUUAUGCAUUGGCAAAAUGUACAUACGAUAUCAAAGGUUCAUUCACAACACUCAGUCUCACAGCAAAUCUUUUGAAAACACCUCGAUUUUAGAAACUUGCGGAGCGGUAGCAAACUGUAUAGCAAAGCCAUAGGUCUGCGUUUACCCUUUUCAUGACGUAAUUUGUUUCCAGAAUGGCAUGGCAUGUGCUAUUCUCAGGGUAAAACACGACGUUUUCUCACAGAAACCAUUGCACAAUGCGCCUGGGACAGGAUUUGCACUAUGUCAAAGUUUUUGUAUUUGUUGUUGUUUUUUUUUUUUAAGAAAUCGAUCCUUGCCGGGGAGUGGGGGGUGGUGGUGAGUUAUGGGCAGAGGCUUAACCAAAAAGAGGGCAUUCACAAAUCACGGCUCAGGAUAGGGGUUGUCCACAAAGGACGUCCGCACAACCAACUUACCUUUUGCAUCCCCCCUCCCUCUGCCUGCAUUUUUUUUACUAAUGUGUAAUGCCAAUGUAAAACUAAAUCAAUGAUUUUUAAUUAUUGUUAAAAGACUUUCAAAUAACUGCAGUGUUUCGUAUUGAUCAUCUUACUGCUGUUUUGUGUUGACACAUGCUUGGUGUCACAAUGACAAUGCCUCGGACUACUUUAACUUCACGACUUCAUGAUCAAUGUAUGAGUAUGUGAUUCUCUUCCCGUAGUGUAUUUGUGGCGUAAUUAUAUCAUGGUGCUAACAAAAUAGAUACACUGUCUUCCCAUUCAUUUUUACACCAUGCCCCGAGGGAUCACAUACAAUGUUAUAUUUAUAAGGCACCCCCCCAAAAAAAAAAAAAAAAAACAAACCCAAAACAAAACAACUAACAACUGGGUGGGGGUGGGCAUGAGAGAAUAAUUUCAAAUUAAGAUUCACAAUCAUAUGAUAAAACUUACAAUUAAUAAAUAUAUUUGUAUUUCAAGAUAUUGGGGGAGGGGGGAAUAAAGUGGUUAACUUUAAAAAUAAAUCAUGGUUUAACAUUACCCCCCCCCCAGCCCCUUCCCUUCCAAAAAUAAUAAGAAAUGCUUUACAUGCACUUUGCCACAUACGCGUGGACCUUACUCAAUAUCUUCCCAAGGUAAUAAACGAAUUUUUAAUAGUUUUCAGUUUUAACACGAGUAUAACAUUAAAUCUACAAGUACCGGUUAGGCCAAAAAGUUAAAGACUCGCAAAGACCAUAGUUUGGCUACUGUAAAUCGCUGCGGUGUACGCAGGCCACAGACCAUGAUUUAGCUAGGUACACCGCCGCGGUGUACGCAGGCCAAAGUCAAUAGUUUCGCUAGGUACACCGCCGCGGUGUACGUAGUGCCGGCCAAUUAAUAAUUUUGAAAGUUGUUGCACAUACUGAAAUAGGCCACUUUUUUUUAGCUACUACCACUUUCUACAUUUACAUAAAAAGGGCCAAAAUACAAAUAAAUAGACAAGAGAAUUGUAUUUAGGCAUAAAUUAUAAAUAGGAUUAAAGCAAAGGCCAAAGAAAGGGCCUACAAAGUGCAUCUAAAGUGUGUGUGUUUUGGUGGGGGGUUAACUAAUUUGUGACGAUGACAUAGUGGAUGUGUAUUGAAUUUAUUUGAUAAAUUUGUGAGGGGUUCAUAAAAAAUUAAUCUUAAUACUGUGACGUCAUUUUCUGAUUGACCCUUGUAAACUAAUUUAGUAAUUAGCAGCACAAAAUAAAUCAUUUAGUGUAGGCAAUAAAUAAAGGAGAUUAAUAGGGGAAUAGACUUUGUUUUCUCUACCUACUGUAAUAUUAAUAAAGCCUUGGCCUUGAAAUAUGAUUUCUACUUCUACCUUUAAAAAAAAAGCCAAACAUUCCACCAGCAACCUAUGAGGCCCCUCCCCGUAUGACUCAUAUCACGCAUAGUAUGAGCAGAUAGGAAUAAGAUGCUAGCACACAGUAAGUUAUCUUCUCAUGAUUAUGAUAAAUUUCCCAUUACUAAGAUGUUCAGAGAUUUUGGACAAGACAAAUGAACUUUUAAAGAAAUUUAUUAAAAAGAAUAUUCAAGGGAGAAAUUUGAUAGAAUGAAAAGUGUAUUUAUCCCCCAUUACAGUUACUCAAAUCACUAUGUGAAUUUUUAGAGCUUGUUUGUUUUCUUGUGUCACAAGUUAUUGGGUACCUUGACUUAAGAUGAUGCAGCCUGGGUGAAAUCCCAAAAUUGCACCCUCACACACACAUAUCUAUUAUAUUAUAGUGAUGUAAUUAACGUUUACAAAAGUGCUGACACAGGCAGUCACCUGCUCUUCAAUAAUAGGUAUUAAUUAAGCCUAAUUAAUAAUGAUUAAUAUUAAUAUAAGUUAAUUUGUUUAGGUGCCCUUAACUCUGAGCAUAUUCCAUAUUGGUUUUAAAGGGUAGAAAGCUUAAGAAAGGGAGUGUUUUAAAAAAAUUUUAAGCUUAGUCUAGGUAAUAUUUAGUUUAAAUGUUUUUAAGCUUCCGAAAUGAUUUUCAUGGAUUAUUCAAUUUAAAGCUUAUUAAUUUAAAUAAAUGUGGGCCUAAAAUUUUCAAUUAAGUAAUUUUGAAAUUUCUCAGUGAUUUAAUAAGGGUUAGGCUAUUUAAUUUAUUUAAGAAUGUUGUUAAUUGUUUAUAUUGGUACAAAUUACUGUAUUUGUUUGAUCUAAUAUUUAGAAUUUAAAGAAAAUUUAAAAAACAUUACAAAUUUAAAAAACUAAAAAAAAACUACAACAAUAUUUUAAAAGUAAAUGAUUAAUUCCCAGAAACUGCACAUAAGAAGUCAGAAAACCGAGGCUAAAAUAGAAUGAAAUGGUUUAGAUUAACCCUACUCUGAUACCAUGGGGUCUAUUUGACCCCAGCCCUCUUUGGACGGCGUUUUUUUAAAAGUAGUGACCUCCAAUGUUCUCUCUAAGGUUUGUUGGUUCAUGUGCAAAAUCAUACAGUUGUGUGCAAAGUUUUACAGCAUCAAUUUUUUUGUGUGCAAAAUUUUACAGACCACAAACAAAAACACACACUUACAUGGAAAUUUGAUGCGCGGAUACUCAAAACUGCUUCGCUGUGCCUGUGAGAUAGCUGCGCGGCCGCGCAGCUUAAAGGGAACGUUGGUGUCCUCGCCUGCCACGCAUUUUGUCCUAAGGCCUUCCUAAGUACAUGACACAUGUUCAAUAGUUUCAAAGUAUUUCCAAUUAUCUAUUAUUUAGGUUUAUUUUCGCUUGGGGUCAAAUUGACCCCAUAGUACCCUCAAUGUAGUGAAUGUAUUUUUUCCUUAUUCAAGGUUCUGUGACGUUUGCACCAUAACAAAAUGGCGACACGACUUUGAAAUAUUUAUUUGGAUUUUAUAACACAAUGUUAUAUUGAAGUAUUUAUUUGGAUUUUAUAACACAAUGUUAUAUUGAAAUAUUAAUUUGGAUUUUAUAACACAUUGUCAUACCAUAGUAUGUCAAGAAAAACAAAAUAUUCUAAUAAGGGGAUGUUAUUCUCAUCAUAUAGCAUGUUUUUCUCCAUGGGGUCAAACUGACCUCAUAGUACCAAAUGUGUGAUUUUUUUCAUGGUACCAGAGCAGGGUUAAAAUAUUAAGUAUCAGUGUUUUCUUAAGUAUGUGAGUGAUAAACAAUUCCUUAUAAUUUUCUUCAUUUCUGUCUGUGAUUCACUUGAGUCAGUCAUUUCUAAUCAUUUUGUUUUCCAAGUUUUGUAAACCAUUCAGAGUGACAUGCCCACGAAGAUGGACAAAAUAAUUUGACAACACAGAUUGAUUGAGCUGAUGUAGUAAUAUAAUCUGCUAUUGAGCAACUGAGACUUUUUACUUGCUUUUCUUUCAGAUGCCUGGUCAGUGUUAUGCAUGUGGGGCAGAGUUUGGAGUUUUUAGGAAAGAGGUAAAUAUUGUAAAUGGAGUACAUUGUUGAUUUUUGUCUGACUGCAUAGCUGCAGAGAGGCAGAAACAGUGUGUCUAUAAUCAAAUUGCUUUAGAUGAGUGAUAUAUUUUGAUAUAUUUGAGAGUCAUUUUAGUAUGUUUAAUUUAAUGUACAAAUUUAAAUGAAAGAUUUUCUUGAUCUGUGUGUAUGAAAUCUUUAAAUGAGAUGCUGGAAGCUUUUAUUAAAGAAGCAUAUUUUAAAUUUAGCCUCUAAAUAAAAAUGUUUUGAUGUUAAAUGGCCAGUUAAUUUCUGAUAAAAACAUUUAACAAUGAAACACAGGCAGCUAAAUAUUUAGUGAACAAAAUAUAACAAUGCUUACUUUGAGUUUGAUGAGAAUAGUAACUCAUUUCUUAUUUUGUGCAAAUAUUUGCAGCAUGGCUGUAAGAACUGUGGGUUUGCUUUUUGCAACAAAUGCCUGAAUGAAAAAGGUAUCCCUGUGCCGAAACGAAACAAUGGCAAACACCAUGUCUGCCACAACUGCUUCAAAACCCUGACUGGGUACAAAUUGCUCUUUUUAAACUUUUAACUUUUAUAACUAUAUUAGUUUGAAAUGUAUGUCAUAUUUUAAUCUACUUCGUAACAAUAUUUGUUUCAAAUGUAUGUCUUAUUCUAGUCAUCAUUUUAGAGUUGAGCAUAUAAACUUAGCUGAAAUAGGUAGCAUUCAGUGAUGUCUGUUACAUUCAUUAAAUGUUACAUGUCAUUUGUGCUGUGCUUGCUGUCAUUCUAUGAUUUAGAGGUCAUAAGCUUUAGGCUAUCCAUAAGACAUAAAUUAACAAUAGAUCACAAUAUAAGUGGUGAAAUUCACAUAAUGUAUCACAGAUGGAAUUGUGGUUCAUCCUUUUAAAAUAUUAGUUCUUGAGAUUGAUAAAUGUUCGGAAGUUGGACACGAUGAAAUAACCUGCCUUGUGUUAAUUUUAGUUUUAUAAUUCAAUCUAAAGUGCUGUGCCUGCAGCUGCUAGCCAAGUGACCUAUGACCUGCCAGAGGCUUAUAUCAAGUAAGCUAGUCAAUAUAUUAAUGGCAACAUUACAUCUGUAACUUGUUUGAUACUUAAUAGGCUAUAUUUAGAGUUCUUCGUCCCAUACCAUAAAUAUUCAAGCCCCUAAUAAUUGAAUUUAAAAAGAUACACUUUACAUGUUAAAAGAUGAAGAAAAAUACGUAAGAAAUAUCAAUGAUGUGAUAACUAACACAAUAAAAGAUAAGAAACAAUAUCUUUUUUUAAAGAUUGAAAGAUUGUAAGAUUGUAAGAUUGUAAGAUUGUAAGAUUGUACCACUUGGAUAAAGUUGGAAUAAAGCAAACUAAUGUCCCAUUCUUUUCCCCUUGACGAAUGCAAUAAUCUUCCUGCCACUAACUGACUCCCCCUAGGAGGAUGGCGGCCUUGAAAGAGCGUGAAUCACAGUCCCAUUCUUUUCCCCUUGAUGAAUGCAAUAAUCUUCCUGCCACUAACUGACUCUCCUAGGAGGAUGGCGGCCUUGAAAGAGCGUGAAUCACAGUCCCAUUCUAGUGGCAGAUCUUCACAGUCACCAAACAGUGGGCAGAAACUACCAGAACACAUUAGAAAGUUAGACAAACCUGACAGAGAAAUAGCGAUGCGUUUACAAAAGUUAAAGGAAGCAGAUAAGCCAAAAGGUUUUUUUUGUUGUUAAAUGGAAUUUAAAAACAUUAAAUACCACUGUAUUAUAAAUAAUAUAAUUUUUGUUAACUUUGUCUAUUAGCUCACUAUUUCUAGUGUUGAAAGCACAUCAAUACCCCCAAUACUAUGUUUAUGUCUACCACUGUGAGAACAUACAUACAUAUAUUUAUUUUUACUACAGUAAGAACAUACACAAACAUAUUUAUUUUUACAACAGUAAGAACAUACACAAACAUAUUUAUUUUUACUACAGUAAGAACAUACACAAAUGUGUUUUUCUGUACUGUGCCACAGAGAGAAAAUUCACAAAUGUGUACAUUUGUACCACGGUAAGAAAAUUCACAUAUGUGUACAUUUGUACCACAGUGAGAACAUACACAAAAUAAUUUUAUGAAACAUUGUUUUCCUCCUCACAGAGGCAGUUUCUGAUACAGACAUACAAGCCAGAUUAGCACAACUGAAAGGCCAAUCUGUUCAGCCUGACAAGAAAGUGGUCAGUACUCAAUACUGUCCAUGAUUGCUCACACUAAUUGCUACAUUUAAUCAGGUGCUUCUGGUUAAGGAUUACUUUAAUUUGUCUUCUGUUUAAUGGCUGGGUCCAAAGAGCAAACACAUGGCUGGGUUCAAAGAGCAAACACAUGGCUGGGUCCAAAGAGCAAACACAUGGCUGGGUCCAAGAGAAAAUAAAUGGCUGGGUCCAAGAGCAAACACAUGGCUGGGUUCCAAGAGCAAACACAUGGCUGGGUUCAAAGAGCAAACACAUGGCUGGGUUCAAAGAGCAAACACAUGGCUGGGUUCAAAGAACAAACACAUGGUUGGGUUCAAAGAGCAAACACAUGGCUGGGUCCAAAGAGCGAGCACAUGGCUGGGUUCAAAGAGCAAACACAUGGCUGGGUCCAAAGAGCGAGCACAUGGCUGGGUCCAAAGAGCAAACACAUGGCUGGGUUCAAAGAGCAAACACAUGACUGGGUUCAAAGAGCAAACACAUGGCUGGGUCCAAAGAGCAAACACAUGGCUGGGUCCAAAGAUCAAACACAUGGCUGGGUCCAAAUAGCAAACACAUGGCUGGGUCCAAGAGUAAACAAAUGGCUGGGUCCAAAGAGCAAACACAUUUUUUCUUGAAUGGACCAGGAACAACAUAUAAUCCCUAAUGCACAAGCUGCAUGAGUUUCCAUUGGUCUUGUCAUUGUAUGAGUAUAGUAUUAAACUGAAUGAGUCGUAUGCAACUCAAUCAUAUGAUGAAAAAUAUGUGAUAAAUAAUUUAACCAGGCAUUAGUCUAUAGGAAGUGACCAUUGGUCAGUGUGUUUGUCAAAUAUAUAGACUUUAGCCUGUUUGAGGCCUCACUAAAAAUCCUGCAAGUUCCUUGUACAUUUUCUCAAAUGAGUUUAAAAAAAAACCCGUAUUAAAAUCUAUGGAGCUAAUAAUUAUGAAGUCAACAUUUUCACGUAACACUCAAAAAUUAAAAACUAAAAAAAAAACAACUAAAAGUGAUAAAGUUCAUUGACAGCUGAUGAUGAGAUGGUUUAAUGAUAAAGUUCAUUGACAGCUGAUGAUGAGAUGGUUUAAUGAUAAAGUUCAUUGACAGCUGAUGAUGAGAUGGUUUAAUGAUAAAGUUCAUUGACAGCUGAUGAUGAGAUGGUUUAAUGAUAAAGUUCAUUGACAGCUGAUGAUGAGAUGGUUUAAUGAUAAAGUUCAUUGACAGCUGAUGAUGAGAUGGUUUUAAUGAUAAAGUUCAUUGACAGCUGAUGAUGAGAUGGUUUUAAUGAUAAAGUUCAUUGACAGCUGAUGAUGAGAUGGUUUUAAUGAUAAAGUUCAUUGACAGCUGAUGAUGAGAUGGUUUUAAUGAUAAAGUUCAUUGACAGCUGAUGAUGAGAUGGUUUUAAUGAUAAAGUUCAUUGACAGCUGAUGAUGAGAUGGUUUAAUGAUAAAGUUCAUUGACACCUGAUGAUGAGAUGGUUUAAUGAUAAAGUUCAUUGACACCUGAUGAUGAGAUGGUUUAAUGAUAAAGUUCAUUGACAGCUGAUGAUGAGAUGUUUUUUCCUCCAGUUUUAUCAAGCUCCGGACACAAGAGCAGAGGUCCAGCAGGUGGAUGACUUGUUAGAGCAGCUGUCAGCAGAAGUAAAACUGGACUCUCUCAUCCCAGACCCAGCUGAGGAAGUUGAAGCUAGACUGCGACAGUAUUAUACUGGCGAUGGUAAAAGUGACUUUGACUUUAUGUAUGGUUUUCAGAAUUGUUUGCUCAGAGAUCUCAUUGAUCCUUUGUGUUGGUUUGAUAACAUUAGACAGGGAUUCUUAACUAGGGACGUCCACUCCCCCAGGGUAUACAUUCAAAAAUGAUUUAUGAUAACUCUCCUCUGUAUCUAAAGUUUGGAUUUAAGAUGGGAAUUGAUCUCACUUUUAGAAGUUUGGUUUGGGUUCAGCUCAUUAACAACUUAAGUUUGGUUUGGUAACAUUAUAAGUUUGGUUUGGUUUGGUAACAGCUUAGUUUCAGUUCGACAAUAACUAGGGAUGUAAUACCUUUCUUUUUUCUGGAAAACCAGUUUGCGGAUUUAGAUAUCUGGUUUUAAACCGAAUUAGGAUUUUCACUAUAAGAGCACAUUUGAAAACAACAAAUGUAGCAGAUGCUUUCUAUCCUGUCUUCCCUCACUUUUGAUCUGGUGCAGUGGGUCAUGGUUUGUUGUUCAUCAUCUAGAAUCAUUAUACUACAGAGGCCUUACUUCCCCCUCUCCACCCAUGCACAUCUGGCAUCAAGUAGAAUCAUUAUACUACAGAGGCCUUACUUCCCCCUCUCCACUCAUGCACAUCUGGCAUCAAGUAGAAUCAUUAUACUACAGAGGCCUUACUUCCCCCUCUCCACCCAUGCACAUCUGGCAUCAUCAAGGUGUUGUCAACUGUAAAUAGUUGAUUUGAUUGAUCAAUAAAUAGAUUUAUCUAAUUGUAGUUUCUGACAUUGGAUGACAAAGAAUUGGCUAUAUAGUGCUGCUGUUUAAUUGUCAUACAUUGAUCGUGGGCCCUUAAUAUAUAGAAAAAGAAGUCUAUCCAUGAAAAAGUGAUAGGGGGGAGAGAGGUGGGUCGGGGAAAGGUGGGUAGGGGAGGAUUUAAAAAGGUGCAACUUUUUACCCCCCAAAAAAUUUUUUGUAAUAUUAUUUUGUAGUUUGUCUGGCUUAAGCCGGCAUGGGCCAGAUUCUUAGAAGAGUGACAGUUCUAACAAGUUUGUCAUAGAACAUUUUGUGAUGUUGAAGUUUGGGUUUGGGUUCAGUUCAGUCGUCAGCAGGGUUUAAGUUUGGUACACAUUCCGUACGAUUCCCAUCUGUAAUGUGGACUUCAUUUUUCAUAAUUAAAUAUACUGUAAUUUAAUCAAAAGUUACACCUAUAAAUGUAUGCAUUUAACUAACCUUGCAAUUACAUUUUUUCGGGGGGGGGGGGGGGGGGCAGAAAAUGUUUAAAAAUCAAGAUGAGGAAAUUUUUUGCAAUUAAGAGGGGGUGGCACACAGCAAAUAGGUAAAGAACCCUUGUAUUCGAGUAAGGGUUUUUGGAUUAUUUUAAUAUUAGAUUUAUAAAAAUUACUGCAGAGUUACAAUGUUUUCUUGUACCUCCACCUACAACUCUCAAUAUUCCAUGUAAUGUUUGAUUUCUUGUACCUCCAGCUACAGCCGCCAACAGGACUUCCAAAGCUGACAUAGAUGACAAUAAUCUCAACAAGGGAGACAAGUCUGGAAGGGCAAGUAACAAUCUGAAUACCGUAGAGAAGCUGGGACCCAUUGGCAAACCUUUCAACAAGAACAUUGAAGGCGCAGGAUCUGAAACGGCUUUGACCGGUCAGUUCAUAUAGAAAAUAUUUUUGUCAUGUAAUAUCACUGUUUCACAAAGGUGAUAAGGGGAGAGACUGCAAUCAGGUUAAGUAGAAGGAAAUAAGCCAAACAAAGUAUGGGGAAACCUGAGAAAACACAAAGAAACGAUGAAGAGGUCGGCAGAAGCUUUCUCCAGUGAAGAAGUAACACUAAAAACAAUAUAACAUUUUUAAAAAAGCACUUAGCUCCAAUAUAGAAUCACAGAGAACAGCAAGAAGAAUGUGAUCACUUUAUAAUUGAAUCACAGGGAACAGCAAGAAGAAUGUGAUCACUUUAUAAUUGAAUCACAGAGAACAGCAAGAGGAAUGUGAUCACUUAAUAAUUGAAUCACAGAGAACAGCAAGAAGAAUGUGAUCACUUUAUAAUUGAAUCACAGGGAACAGCAAGAAGAAUGUGAUCACUUUAUAAUUGAAUCACAGAGAACAGCAAGAAGAAUGUGAUCACUUUAUAAUUGAAUCACAGGGAACAGCAAGAAGAAUGUGAUCACUUUAUAAUUGAAUCACAGGGAACAGCAAGAAGAAUGUGAUCACUUUAUAAUUGAAUCACAGGGAACAGCAAGAAGAAUGUGAUCACUUUAUAAUUGAAUCACAGAGAACAGCAAGAAGAAUGUGAUCACUUUAUAAUUGAAUCACAGAGAACAGCAAGAAGAAUGUGAUCACUUUAUAAUUGAAUCACAGAGAGCAGCAAGAAGAAUGUGAUACUUUAUAAUUGAAUCACAGAGAACAGCAAGAGGAAUGUGAUCACUUAAUAAUUGAAUCACAGAGAACAGCAAGAAGAAUGUGAUCACUUUAUAAUUGAAUCACAGGGAACAGCAAGAAGAAUGUGAUCACUUUAUAAUUGAAUCACAGAGAACAGCAAGAAGAAUGUGAUCACUUUAUAAUUGAAUCACAGAGAACAGCAAGAAGAAUGUGAUCACUUUAUAAUUGAAUCACAGAGAGCAGCAAGAAGAAUGUGAUACUUUAUAAUUGAAUCACAGAGAACAGCAAGAGGAAUGUGAUCACUUAAUAAUUGAAUCACAGAGAACAGCAAGAAGAAUGUGAUCACUUUAUAAUUGAAUCACAGGGAACAGCAAGAAGAAUGUGAUCACUUUAUAAUUGAAUCACAGAGAACAGCAAGAAGAAUGUGAUCACUUUAUAAUUGAAUCACAGGGAACAGCAAGAAGAAUGUGAUCACUUUAUAAUUGAAUCACAGGGAACAGCAAGAAGAAUGUGAUCACUUUAUAAUUGAAUCACAGAGAACAGCAAGAAGAAUGUGAUCACUUUAUAAUUGAAUCACAGGGAACAGCAAGAAGAAUGUGAUCACUUUAUAAUUUAACUAAGUAAUUAUUUUGAGAUUAAAAAAAUUUCUUUUAAGAAUAUGUCCGAAAUUUAAAAAAAUACAACAAUAAUAAUACCUAAACAAAAUUAAAAAGCUGAUUUAGGUUUUAAAAAAUCCAUGAAUCAGGGGCGUCCGCUAGGAAAGAAGACACGGACCUCGAUGACAUACAAAAGUUGAUGACACAAGCUGCCAGGGACCUGGAGUUAGAGGCUCAGAGAGCCAUUGAUGGGCUACAGAAAGACAAAGAGUUAAUGGACAGACUCAAGGUCAUCCAGGCCAGACAGAAAGAGAGGAAUAAAAAUGUAGAUGGUAUGUAGGAUGAAGCUUUCAUAUGAUUUGUAUGAGUUUAUCAAUAGUAUGACAUGACCAUUACAUUUUUUAUUAUAGAAGUUAUAGGUAAAAAAAAUACACCUGCUAGAAUUAUCAAAAAUUAAAUAAUUCAAUUAUUUAUUCUUAAGAACAUUACAGCAGAAUUGCCCAACCUUUCCAAUCCUCUAUACACCUACCAAUUAUGUGACUUGUAUCACACCACCUACCAAUUAUUUGACUUGUAUCACACCACCUAACAAAUUAUUUGACUUGUAUCACACCACCUACCAAUUAUGUGACUUGUAUCACACCACCUACCAAUUACUUGACUUGUAUCACACCACCUACCAAUUAUUUGACUUGCAUCACACCACCUACCAAUUAUGUGACUUGUAUCACACCACCUACCAAUUAUUUGAGUUGUAUCACACCACCUAACAAAUUAUUUGACUUGUAUCACACCACCUACCAAUUAUGUGACUUGUAUCACACCACCUACCAAUUAUUUGACUUGUAUCACACCACCUACCAUUUAUGUGACUUGUAUCACACCACCUACCAAUUAUGUGACUUGUAUCACACCACCUACCAAUUAUUUGACUUGAAUCACACCACCUACCAAUUAUUUGACUUGUUUCACACAACCUAACAAUUAAUUGACUUGUAUUUGUAUCACACCACCUACCAAUUACUUGACUUGUAUCACACCACCUACCAAUUACUUGACUUGUAUCACACCAUCUACCAAUUAUGUGACUUGUAUCACACCACCUACCAAUUAUUUGACUUGUAUCACACCACCUACCAAUUAUGUGACUUGUAUCACACCACCUACCAAUUACUUGACUUGUAUCACACCACCUACCAAUUAUGUGACUUGUAUCACACCAUCUACCAAUUAUGUGACUUGUAUCACACCACCUACCAAUUAUUUGACUUGAAUCACACCACCUACCAAUUAUUUGACUUGUUUCACACCACCUAACAAUUAAUUGACUUGUAUUUGUAUCACACCACCUACCAAUUAUUUGACUUGUAUCACACCACCUACCAAUUAUUUGACUUGUUUCACACCACCUAACAAUUAAUUGACUUGUAUUUGUAUCACACCACCUACCAAUUAUUUGACUUGAAUCACACCACCUACCAAUUAUUUGACUUGUUUCACACCACCUAACAAUUAAUUGACUUGUAUUUGUAUCACACCACCUGCCAAUUAUUUGACUUGUAUCACACCACCUACCAAUUAUUUGACUUGUUUCACACCACCUACCAAUUAUUUGACUUGUAUUACACCACCUACCAAUUAUUUGACUUGUAUCACACCACCUACCAAUUAUUUGACUUGUAUCACAUCACCUACCAAUUAUUUGACUUGUUUCACACCACCUACCAAUUAUUUGACUUGUGUUACACCACCUACCAAUUAUUUGACCUGUAUCACACCUCUCAACAUUACAGUCAAUUGUUUUUGAAAAAAAAAUAAUAAAAAACAAAUUGGGGGGAAAUCUGACUUGUAAAAAAAAAUUAUUGUUUGUUAUCUUAACUCCAUUUAUUGCCAUUUAAGUGAAUACUUAUAUAAAAAAUAUUCCUCACUCAAUGCAACAUGUUGAUUGGUUAUUUCCUCAGAUCUGUUCAUUCUCACACUAUGUUUCCCUCAGAUGUUGUAUCUGUUGAUUCUGACACUGACAAUACAACAAAAACCUGUGACAUCUCCAGAAUGACAGACGUACCCAAUGACGACUCAGAUGAAGAAUCUGAAGAAGUUGCCACCCAAAAGUUAAUCCAGAGAUUCAUGGAUGAGACAAAGAUUGAUGCAACCGUUGGUGAUCUGGGUGGCGCCAACGGCCAGAGGAAGCCCUCAUCAGUAGAAAACAAGAAGGCAAACAAAAAAGAGAAGAUGAAAGAAAGUUCAAAGGUGAAUUUAGUUUUUUAAACUUGUUGGAGCUAUAUUGAACACAUUGCAGACGUCAACAAAUGUUUCAAUAGAUUUGGGCAAAGAAUUUAUGUUCUCUGUUCCUAUGGUGCUGAAUAGUGCCAUUGAUUGGAUAUCUCGUUGAAAUUAAGUCUGUCAAGAGAUGGCUAAUUAUGAGAGGGUUGGACUGUGAAAUGGCUAAUUAUAAGAGGGUUGGUCUGUGAGAUAGCUAAUUAUAAGAGGGUUGGACUGUGAGAUAGCUAAUUAUAAGAGGGUUGGACUGUGAGAUAGCUAAUUAUAAGAGGGUUGGACUGUGAGAUAGCUAAUUAUAAGAGGGUUGGACUGCCAUAAAUCUUUUUUAAUAUAUAUAUAUAUAAAACAUAAGAUAAGAUUAUUUAUUGAUCCAAUUAAAUUGAAAUUUUUUGAUUACAUUGUACAAAUUCAUAUUCAGAACAUAAAUAAAUACAUAUUUAAACCAAGACAACAUUUUACAAUUAGAAUAAUUAAAGCACAAGACAAGUAUUUCUCUAGCGUAGAAAUCAGCCAUAAAUGAACUCCCUUAGUGACAAUAAUGAAUUAAUUAGUGAUCAUUUUGAGCAUGAUGGUAAAUUCAUACAGAUUGGGUAACAAAAGAAUUUUUAUUUUUUAAGUUUUCAUUAUGAUUAGGAAAUGUACAAAUUCAAAUGUAUUGGCAAAUGUCUUUAUCAGUACAACAAAAAAUAAUAAAAUAAUAAAGUUAAUUUGAAAAACAUCCCUAAAAGCUCAAAGCGCGGUACAAAGUCAACCAUAAAAAAAAAGAAUCAAUCUAAAAUUUACCACAUUUAAAAACAGACGCAACAAUAUAAAUCUAAAUACGAGCAUACCAAGUCAAAGUCUUUCAUCCCAUUUCAACCAUAAGCAACACAAGCCAAAAUACAUUACUGGAAGAAGAUGGUAGAUAGCAUCACCCCAGAAGGUGUGUGCGUAAUAGAUGUGUUUUUAAAUCGUUUUUAAAGGACUCCAGUGUCUGGCUGUUUCUGAGAGCGACAGGAACAUUAAUAUAAUUAUAAAUUUACAUACUAUAUGAAUAUUAUACCUAUAUCUAAAGAGAACAGAAAAGAAGAAGCACAACUCCCUAAGAAAAAAAUUGAUCAGAAGAACAGGAAGAAAGUGGUUGGAAUAGGAAGUACAAUACAAAAGCCAAACAGGAAAAGACAUUACAGCAAUGGGCGCCCGCACCAAACUUUCUAGGGGGGGGGGGGGCAAAAAAAAUUUAUUAACUUUCUAGGGGGGGGGCACAAAAUUUUUAGUGAUUUUUAAUGUAGUUUUAAUUUACUGUAGCGUAUUUGUAUGGUGAACGAACGGACAAGACAUCAGCUUAGCUACUUUCUCUUUAUUUUCUCUUUACUUUAAUAAAUUUUUUGUCUAUUUUUGUCUAAAAUUUUUGUAUCCAAUCAAUGGGGGGGGGGGGGGAAUUUCCCCCCCCCCCCCCCCCGCGGGCGCCCAUGAUUACAGCCUGCUUUUUUUUACGCAGUUUGUGUCUUAUAAAUCAAGAGAUGGCAGCAAGAUAUAGGAGUGAUGGUCCAUUAAUGACACUUUAAUGAACAAUUGAAGUAACAGAUAGUGAGAUACUUGGGUCAGUUGCGUUUUUUCCUCCUUAUGUUUAUGUGACAUAAAUUUGUUAAAAUUGAACUGUAGAUUGAAACCAAGAAAGAGAACUCUGACAGCGAUUAUGAUGAUACUGAUGAGCUCCCCUACUGCUGCAUGUGUACUGAAGAUGCCACACUAAGGUGUAAAGACUGUGACCAGGACCUCUACUGUCAGAAAUGUUUCAAGUAAGUGUCUUCCAGUAGUCUAGGUCACAUUUAUGUACACGGUUUUAUUGUGAUGUUGUUUUAUAGUUCAAAGUACUUUUUAAUAUAAAUAAUGAAAUUAAAAUUUAUAGAUAUGUAUUGGAAGAGAAAAUGAAAAAUAAUAAUUCAACUAUUGAAAUUUAUAUAACAAAUGUUUAUUUCAUCAAUUCACAUCUUUAAAAGAUUAAGUUGUUUCCAAGCGUUGGACUAAACUGUGGGCUGUUUAUAAUUUUUCUAAAGGAUGAAAUUCAAAAGAUAAUUGCUUAGAUGAAUUUUAAUUUUUUUAAAAUAGAAAUGGUAGGAGAUAGAGUUAUGGUAGCAGAAAUGGUAGGAGAUAGAGUUAUGGUUGCCAGGCAGACACAGCACCAUUGGCCUUAGUCUGUCUCUGAAUUUUUGCUGCAUACAUCAUUUAUGUGUUAGUCAUAGAUAAAUUCAAUGGCUGGACAUUGACAUAAAGCUUUUUGGUCAGUUCAUCUUUUUCUUAUUUGGGAUGCUUUUAUUUAUAUCAGGGCAUCUCACAAAGAGAUGGACAUAACAGACCACAGGAUGACACCUUACAAGGCACCUAAAGGUUACAGAUGACCUUGACAUUACAGAGCACAGGAUGACACCUUAAAAGGCACCUAAAAGUUACAGAUGACCUCAUCUUGAAUUGCCAUUUUUAUUCUUGUAUUUAGAGCAGUAUUGGUUGUCUCAAUGACUCACUUCAUGUGUAUUCCUGAACAAGGGAAGUAACUCUCAUGUUCUCUUUAUAUUUUUUAGAAGUUCCAAAAUAUUUUAUAAUUAUAACAAAUUUAUGUAAUUGAAUCCAGAAAAGGCUAAAGUGUUAGAAAAAAUAUAUUAAUGGCCACAACAAAAAAAAAGUACAUAACACUCAUACAGUAAUAUACAAAUUAAAAACAAAGUAGUAAUUAGGGGAAAAUUCUAACUAAAUGAUUUGACUCAAUAGACUUAAUUUGCUGUCAGUGGCAUAGCUAGGGGGGUGCUGGGGGGGCAGACCACACUGGGUGACACAGUACCAGUGGGUGACACCAAUUGAAAAAUUGUAUAUUUACAGAGCACACACUGCCCAGUCUAACCGAAUUUCAUAAAAAGAUCACACUUAAAUUUUCCACACAUGUAACCAAUCCAAAUGCAUGCUUUAUUAAAAGUUCAAGGUUGAUACGCCAAAAUGAUUCAAAGCUGAUUGAUGAAGUGUUUGGUAACUUUUGUAAAUGACAGGAACCCAUAUUUAUCUAAAUUCUGAAUAAUAAAAGCUUUCCAUUGAUAUCAAAUACGAGAUGGUUUGGUGAUUCUAAGUACUGGUACAUGAAUCGAAACAUUAAAAAUUAAAAAGAUUAAAAAUGACUUUUUACUCAUUUAUAAGGUUAUCAAAAUAAUAUUUUACACAAUUUGCUCAUAUCUUUUAACAAUUUAUUUAAAUUUAAAAAAAAAAGAUUUUUGAAACCUAAUUUAUCGAAACCCAAACAGUAAAAAUAAUUAUUUUUGGCGAUUCGUCACUAACGCCAACCCUUAAUAUUUGAGAUGAUUGUCAUACAAGGUCUUUUACAUGCUGUCUGUGUUGUCAUAUUUAUGUGCUACAUUUACCUUUGAAAUGAUCUACUUGAGGAAGUUAAUCUUACACAGCAGUAUCUGCAGAAUAAAGGCUUUACCUUUGACAAAAGGGUGACAAACCUAGAGGCCUUAAGAUUGUUUCUGCAUGAAAUGACCCUUUUAAAAUCAGACUCGGUAGAGAGAAGAUUAAGGUUUAAGAAGAGAAUGGCAGGAGAACAAUUAAUAGAUGCUGGACUCUCUCUGCGAGAAGAAAACAGUAGUGAGUUGCUGGAGGGUAUUGAUCUUUUUCAUUCUGAACCCUAGAUCAGAUCAUCAGCGAUCAAGGAAUAGCAGAUAUAUUUGUGACUAUUCAAACCCAAGAGUCUACUAAUCAGCAAGGGAAACAGAGUUAUUCGUUCAAAAUGAACCUCUUUCUAUGUUGAAUUAUCAGAAGAUGAAAUUUUAAAAGAAAUACCAAGGCUUAGAAGCACCUUAAGGCGCUGAUAUUGGAUUUCACAAAGUCAUGGACUGGUCAGUAUUUGAUGUGUUGAAAUUCAUUGCUCAAUGGGACUUCCUAGAAUCUCUUCCAAUACUCUCGCUAAGCCUUCAAUUAUUUCUUACGAUCUGUGUGUCUGUGGCUUCAAGUGAGUGGAGCUUUUCAAAACUAAAGCUUAUCAAGAACUGUUUACGAUGAUCCAUGGGACAGCCAAGGCUUUCUGAUCUGGAUCUACUAACAAUUGAAAGUGAUACAGUGAAGGAUAUUGAUCAAGUGAUUGACAGGUUUGCAGCUUUGAAGACCAGGAAAGGAAAGUUUUAAAUAAAGUGAAUUUAAUGUAAAAAUAACUUAACGUUGUUGCAGUUCUUACAUACAUUUACCUCCUGAAGUUUAAUUUUUUUUUUUCUUGUUAUUGUUAAGUGUGGACUUACUUUAACAAGAAGAAAUCCGUAGUGGAAGUAGGGGGAGGGGUGGGGUGACACCAUCAUUAAACCGCACCGGGUGUCACCAACCUUAGCUACGCCACCAAGUGUCACCAACACUAGCUACGCCACCGCGUGUCACCAACCCUAGCUAUGCCACCGGGUGUCGCCAACCCCUAGCUACGCCACCGGAUCUCACCAACCCUAACUACGCCACCGGGUGUCACCAACCCCAGCUACGCCACCGGGUCUCACCAGCCCUAGCUACGCCACCGGGUCUCGCCAACCCUAGCUACGCCACCGGGUGUCGCCAGCCCUAGCUACGCCACUGUUAGCUGUAUUUCUGCCUUUUGUAUGAUAGUAAAAUAUGUAUUUACACCAUAAUAAAGUUCCUAUCUAAGAUCAAUUUUAAAUAUCGGUUUUUGUAAGACAAUAUGAUUUCAUUAAUCUUAUUUGUGGUUUCCAUUCAUGAAAACUGUAACCUUGCUAAUUAUUAUUAGUCCAGGUUAACUUUUAAGGACAUCACAUAGACAACUUUGGAAUGACAUUCUGAGUCCAGUUUCAGUUUCACACACAUCAUUUGAUUAUUUCAAUGAAGUUGACAAAUAUAAUACUUGAAGAAAUCCUCCAAUCCACAGAAUCAAUGUCAAAUAAAUGAUUAGUAAUGAUUAGUAACUCUCCACUCAAUAAAGAACAUAAAUAUCUAUUCAUAUUAGAUGUGUCCGUAGACAAUAGAUUUAUUCACCUCCUACUUUGACACCCUUAAUUUUUACAUGCUCUCCAAUAUGGCUGACAAAAUAGUCCUGUCUUUCACAGUUCAUCAUCUGUAUUAAUCCGCCACAUGAUUUUUCUGAUUUUUGUGUCAGAUUUAGUUUGACUAUGUAGUCAACAACCACUGAAUGUCAUGAUGUUAAUGUCAUGAUGUAAAUGUCAUGAUGUUACAAAAACUACUCUGUCAUUUUUUUUAAACAUUUAUCUCAGAGAUGUUGUGGUGAAUUUUUAGGGAAUUCAAAUUUUUUGUUUCAUUACAAAUGAUAGCACCUGAAUGUGGACAUUUGGAGGCUGGACUCCAGCAUUCAUCUCUUUACAACUGUAGUUACACAUUACAUACAACUGCUAUUACACUUACACAUUACAUGACUGCUGUUUAAUGUAUUGUUCUCAACAUCUUUAUAAAAAAAAUUGCUCUCUGUGCUCUAUUAAUCAUAGUUGAAGUCAGCUGCGGAGCUCAGCUUGACUUUGACCACACAUUUCAAUUUUUUAAAGUUUGAAUGGCAGAUUCCACCCCCACUCCUAUUUUUUUUUGCUUCAGUUCCAGACAGACAUAACACAGGAAUUACGUUCAUGCUAUGUAUUUUUUAACAAAAAUUGUCAAUGGCAAAAUUUAAAAGCUAUAGAUUUAAGAGAGCAACGUUAUUUCAUCUAAUGUACAGUUGUCUUUCUCUUCCAAUGGAACAUUAUAAAGUUGUUAAUUCUUGUUGCACUGUCAUGAGUGAUGUAUGAGUGAUGUCAUUAGUGAUAUAUUUGUUAUGUAAUGAGUGAUGUCAUUAGUGAUAUAUUUGUUAUGUAAUGAGUGAUGUCAUUAGUGAUAUAUUU